AUGAACGUUUCCAUCCUGAGUAUUCGCAUCUCGAAUACUCUAGGAAACCCGCUAUUUUCGUUACCACACAGAUACAAUGCAGCCAGUAUGAAGAUAUCUUCUUCAUAUUUUCAUAAAAUUUCGUAUCAUUUAUUAUAUUCAUCAACAGACCCGAAAUUCUUAGAAAUAACGAAAAUCAGAGUAGUAAAUACGCUUAAAUCUGCCAUAAAAUUAGAUUCAAAUCAAUUUUUACAUAGUAUUUAUGUACAAAAUCAACCAAUAAUCGAUCAAUCCCGUUUAAUUUCAUUCAACUCAUGUAUUUUUAUAUCAUGUUUCUCAGAAGACGAUGGUGGGGUACUAAAUGCCGUUGCAACAAAUAUAUCGAAAUCCAAAAUUUCAAUUCAGAAAUCAUAUUUCUUCAAUUGUGAAUCCCAGCAACAUGGUGGAGCUAUCUACACUAUAUAUUACGCAAUGAAUUUUUCAAAAUUAUGCUUUAUUGACUGUUUUUCAAAAAUUGCUGCGACUUUUCACGUUUCUUGUUCAUCUUCCGCCAAUUCUACGCUCGAAAUGAUUAGCAUUGGAUGUUUUAACCGAUCUGACCAAUGCAAAAAGUCUACAUGGAUUGUUUUUUCACCUAUGAAAUUCACUUCUCUAAACAUCAGUAGACUGUAUGUUAAAGAUUCAACAGUUUGUGGUUUUGCAGAGAAUAAAAGGGAGUCACAUAUGAAAUUUUGUACAUUUAUUAAUUCCAAAGGCGGAUCAGGAAUCAGAGUUAAAAGUCAUAAUGAAAACUCAACAUGUAGAUAUUUUAACAUAGUCAAUAUAACGAAAACAGUAUCUUGGCAAGGAGUAAUCCAUUCUGCGAUGGCUUGUACUUUUGAUGAAAUUUAUAUUUAUAAAUGCGAUUAUCCAGCCAUAUACGGAAACGUCAAUUACUAUUCCACUAUAUCUAACUGUUACAUACAAUACAACAAUACAAAUACAAAAGUAAUUGCCGGUCGAUGGAAAUCUUUUAAUGUUGAUUUCACUCCAUAUUUAUCAAAAGAAAGUUAUGUUGUAGAACCAGUUGUAGUUCAAUGUACAAAUUUCUUAACAUUUACAAUAGCUCCUCGUAAAUAUGCACAAUUUAGCUUCCAAUACGUCAAGAUUAUGAGAAAGGCAGCAUCUGCACUAGGUAUCGUUGUAGUUGUUCUCAUUGUUGGCGCUCAGAAAACUAAAGUUGAAGAUGAAGAAUUAAUUAGCUUAAAUACCAAGGGGCCGAAGAAGAAAUCUGCUGUUCCUUUGCAGAAAAUUAUUUUGUAA